AUGGACGCCUGCUUGACAGUCGAGCGAGAACAGGACAGAUUAGCAAAGAAAUACACGAACAUUAAAGAACAUACAGACUCUUCCUUGACAGAAUUAAUUAAUCAGAUAACUAGUAUACAAGAAGAGUUGUCUAAAGGUAAGAAUAAAGUUUUGUUUUUUCUACGAUCUGUUUGUUAUAAAAUUGGAAUUUCAUUUGGAAUUGAAUCAGAGAAGAAAUUAAUUAUAAAAUAGUUAUAGAUUUGGCGACGUGCUUGCAUGGGUGUAGAACAAAAAUAUAUACAAAAAUAGGCACAGAAUUACAUAACUUCACUGGAAAUUACUCAUAAACCUGCCAAAAAAAAUGACGAAAGAAAGGUAUUGGUUAUGACGUUUCCUCUCUGGACCCUGAAUUAUUAUUUCUCUUUGUAGCUGGCAAAGAGGAUGAAGUUUCCCCAGUACAGUUACAUUUUCUCAACCAGUCAUCAAGAAAGGUGAAAGACACAGUGGCCAAAGUAGCCACAGAACACAAGGAGCUUCAUGGAGGGAUCUCAAAAAUUGGGAAAGCUAUAGACAGAGUAAGUAUCUCAUCAUGUCAGUGACAUGUAACAACAAUCAUUGUGCAGAGACUAUUUAAACCAACUAUUACUUAAUUUGAUCAGUUUUCAGAAGGCAACUUUGACUGCAAUCACGUUCUUAAUACUUUGUUAAAACACUUUCAGAAAAUGCAAAUUUUUGCACAAGUACACCUACAGUGUAAUGCUCUCCUCCACUCCUCCCAAUGUUCAGUGGCGGACCUAGGGGAGGGGCCCUGGGGGCCCAGCCCCUCUCCCAUUUUUAGACCAAACUGAGGCCCAAAGGGCCAAAAAAAAAUUUUGGAGACUGCCCCCCCCUCCCCUUAUCUCAGGGUCCCCCCCCUCUUAUCUCAGGGUCUGGAUGACUGGGCCCCCUCCUUAUCUCAAGGUCUGGAUCCGGCACUGAUGUUGGUGUUAUGAUGGCCAUUUGUUUACAGGACAAGUUUAAUUUUAGGUUAAACAUUUUUAAAAUGUUUAACCUAAAAUCAAACUUAACCUGUAAACACCAGGCAGGCAGGCAGGUGUGCUACAUGCUAUCUCUCCGAUUUCGAUGAAACUUGGCCAGUUUAAAGGGUCUACCCCAAAACUCAAAAUGACAAACUGGUUCAUAGUUUGGAUCUUUAUGGUGGGAGAUAGCCCACCCAACUGGUUUAAUUAGAUUUUUUACCAAUAAAAGUGCAUUAAUAACAGGCAAAAGUAGGAAGCUCUCAGGACAACUGUUUUUAACCUUUGACUAUGAGGGUUUGUAUAUAUGUUGAUGCAUCUUUAACGAAUGCAAGAAUAUAAGUUUCAGUCAAUUUGACUGACAGCUCGUCAAUCACCGGCCUUGAAUAUUGGACCAUCUUUUUAGCCAUUCAAAUAUUUGCUGAUUUUGAGAUCAAAUAUCUCUCCUUGCCAGAAAGCUAUGACAAUAAUUAUAAAAUAGCAAAAUUAUUUUGCUAUUCCCUGUUUACCAACCCUUUAGUCUAUAUUAAACAUAAAAAACAUUUCUGGGCUCUGCCUUUUUUGGGCGUCAGAUGCCAAUUGAAAACUGCACUUAAAACAAGUUUAUUUCCACUUCACCUGUCCUAUAAUUCAGCAAUUAAGGGCCGCUGAAGUUACUAAACUGACAUUUUCCAGCCUGUUAUACAAGAAUGAUAAUUGAGGAGUUUAAUGCAUCCUUAAACCUUCGAGAUUUUGUGAGAAAAUUAAAGAUUUCACACUGAUUAGUAAUGCAUGUCACCAAAAUAUCGAAGGCAAAAUCGUAAUGUUUGUGACCUCAUUUUGAUUUUCUCGCAAAAUCAGAGAUUAUGCUUCUUACGAGUUAGACUAUACAGAAGUCCUUCAUUCAAGUGUUUAUGGUCUUUACUGUGACAAAACCAAGCUGUUUUUAAUUUCCUGGGCAGAAUUUUCAAGGCCACAUGGCAAGUGGUUGUUGACAAGCUUUGAAUCACGCCAGUAUAUGCCAGUCAUAAAGCAACGUCAACUCGCACAUCUAAUAACAACAUUCAAUGAUGGGAAAUUCUUCCUUCUAGCGAUAAAGAAAUUAAGCCCUUAAAAAGUUCAUUUAGUUCAGGCUACAACCUCAGAAAAAGAAUAGUGUUAAUUUUACUUACCGCCGUCAAUCUAAUUCGUCGAUCUACGCCUCGGUAUUAUGCAUGCUGCGUGACCAGACAAUGUUUGUUUAGAAUCCACUUCUUUGCCUUCCAAAGCCUUUCAGAAUUUUCUACUUAUCUCUAUAACUAAUUUAUCUCCUCCUAUGUUCAUUUUUUGUGCAAAUGCAAGUGGUUCGAAGAUAUCUGUCACUCUCAAUCACCAAGUAUUACAUGACAAAAAGAAAGAGCCUGCAGUGUUUUGACCAGUGAAUUUCUGGCACCUUCCCCGGCAAUUUAAAUACAUUCUAAACAAUUUUGGGUUGUGUAGACUGGAGGAGAGGAUGAAAAAAAAGUAAUAACAAUAAUAAUACUAAGCCUAAAAGAAAUAGCCGCGUUGACCAGAAAUCUGCUGAAAUGAAGUUAGCACCCUUCUCUCUUGGAAAGCUACACUUCCUUCAGGCUCAUUCCACUGGAUAAGAACCCAGGAAUUAGACCAGUAGGAGUUGGAGAGGUUUUGAGACGAAUAAGACCAUAUCCACCUUCUUAGGGCCUGUUUACAAGAAGAGAGGGUUACCCUAGGAAGCAGGGUAAAGUUAGCUCUGGUUUACAAGAAAUUUGCCUUCCUUAAGUUUAAGUUAAAGUAAAAACUAUGGGGAACUAGUGGAUGCUUUUUCUGGAAACCAGGGAAGCCAUGCGAUAAAAUAUAACAUUUAUUUUAAGCUGAAAUAAUAUAGCCAAGAAAAGAUAAGUAGUUGUCAAAACAUGCUUCGCGUAUUCACGUGUUCAUUUUCCACUCAGGGGUUCAGCUUCUGUAAUCUAGCUACAAUACGUUUUUGUUACUCCUUUUCAUUAUCAUACUAAAAAUGCAGGCUGUUUUUCAGGGCUUGUUUUGUAGUUCGUACAGAAAAAUAUACAGCCAUACGAAAGCUGAACUCAGGGUUUUCUGCCUUCUUUCCUUCACCCUGGCCCCUCCCUAUCUUUAACCUCAGUUCACAGGUAGGGUUACCUUAUCACUCGGGUCAACGGAGGAAAGUUGUCCAGGGUAGGCAAGUUAUCAGAUAGGCAGAUAGGGUAACCUGCUUGCUAGGGUAACCCUACCUGCCUUGUAAACACGUCUUGUAAAAAAGAAGAAAGGAGCGAGUGCUAGAGUAGUCCUCUUGCUACGGUACCCUAGCACCAGGGUUACCCUCCCCCCUUGUAAACAGGGCCUUAAAGGAGGAGAUCAUGCUGGCAGCCGGCCCCCUGCAAAUUUGCGUUGGCUACAGUGCGGGUGCCGAGGUCGCCAUACAUGCCAUGGCCCAGAUUUUUGAUGAAGAUGGUACCGAUGAAAUCCUGUUGGUUGACGCUAGCAAAAUCCAAAUAACUUACCCGGAAAUUUCCAUGUAUAUCAUCCACACGUACGGAGGUCCCUUAAGAUUGUUCACCUGUGGAGGAGUAGAGAUCUUAUCCCACGAAGGGACAACACAGAGUGACCCUCUAGCCAUGCCGUGGUAUGCGAUCAACACAUCCAUCUUGAUUCCGAGCCUAAAAGCGCGUAUACCUGAAGUAAAGCAAGUAGAACUGGUUGAUGACUCGGCAGGAGGCAGCCUAAUGGAACUGUCAUACAACUGGUAUAAGCUUUUUAGUCAAGAGGGAAAGAAAUUUGGCUACCUAAUCAAUGGCUCCAAAAGUUGGCUAAUAGUAAAGCCCAGGUAGUACAGACACAAGAUCUGGCAGACGAGGCCGAGUUGGUGUUUGGAGAGGAGGUCACAAUUAUAACAACGGAAGGUCAAUGACACCUCGAAACAGUCACUGGAUCACAGGAAUACAAAGACCAGUGAUGUAGUGGAAAAGCCCAGGGUUGGAGGGAAAACAUUGAGUUGCUGGUGGAGGUCGUAAAGAGUCAUACCCAUGCCACCUACGUCUCCUUCACAAAGGGCUACAAAUCGAAAUUUCCAUAUUUUAUGCGUACAAUUGACUCUUUUGAAGACUAUGUAGAACCAAUUGAGGAAGCGAUCAAUGAUAUUUUCCUUCCAGUUCUUUUUCACCAGACGGAGUCCCUCCCUGCUGAGUUGCGAGAACUAUUUGUCCUUCUGCCAGCACAAGGGGGGUCUGGGUAUACCAGACCUGAAAGCUGAAGUCUCACAGCAAUACGCUGCCUCAAAGUUAAUAAUAGCACCACAUGUAGCAGCUAGACUUGCUAAGAUCAACAAUGCAGGCCAGAGACAAUGAUGCAAACUCAUGGCUCAACGCCGUAACCCUUAAAGAGCAGGACCUGACAUUGAAUAGGCAACAAUUUAGGGACUCUCUACGCUUGCAUUACAAUCUGCAACUAGCGGACUUGCCGAGCCAUUGCGCGUGUGGAGAUCGAUUCACAGUCAGCCACGCUCUUUCGUGUAAGAAGAUGGGUUUUGGUGCACAAAGACAUGGUGGCAUCCAGAACCUUCUCACAUCUCUGCUCAGCAAAAUCUGCAAGGAUGUCGAGGUAGAACCCCACCUUCUACCAAUCGACAAUGAGGUAUUCAACCUAAGAUGCACCAUCACAAGUCCGUCCUGAGGCUGGACUGGACAUAAAGGCGGAAGUUUCUGGUCACGAGGAGAGACAGCAUUUUUCGAUGUAUGUUUUACGCAUGUGAACUCAACGUGUAACCAGAACAAAUCCACAGAAUUGAUCUUCGUGGAGCAUGAGAAUGAGAAGAAAAGGAAGUACCAACAAAGAGUUAUUGACGUGGAAAUGGGAUCUUUUAUCCCCCUGGAUUUUGGCAGGAAUGGAGGAAUGGGGGAGAAUGCAAACUUUUUCUGAGCAACCUAGCGGACAAACUUUCCCGAAAUAAACGGCAAGUUGUAUGCCAAUGCCAUAUCUUGGCUUAAAACACACAUAUCUUUUGAAAUUUUAAGAUCCGUCCACACACGUGUACGAGGGUCCAGAACCCUUUUUCAGAAGAAUGCUGACUUUUUAGAUGAUUUUAGUUUUAAUAUGAGGAAUGCGGACAUUUUAAAACUAGUUUUAGUAUGCUUUUUAGAGUAGUUUUAGUAGACAGUAUUUUUAUCAGUUGGCUAUAGAUAGUUGUUUUAGUAGACCGUGCAUUUUAUUUAGGAUAUCUCCUUUCAUGCUACAUAUUGUUUUUAUCAUUGUAAUGACAAUAAACGCUUUUUUAACAAAUAAUCAACAAUAGAUGUCAUGGCUUUUAUUUAAACAGGAAGUAAACAAGGAAUAUCUAGUGAAAAAAGGUCGGGUGUUUCAGUGAGGGGAGAAGGGGUCUGUAUACAGGCUAGUGUUUCUCAGUUUUGGCCCUAGGGAGACGAAAACAAAAAUGUAAAUACCUAUUUUUUAGUUCUGUUUUGUUUUGUUUAUUUUUAUUCAUUUUCUCUUCCAGUUUAGACAACCUAAAAUUGUUUAGAUUUAUGUAAAUUGCCGGGGAAGGCGCGGGAAAUUCGCUGAUCAAAACAUUGCAGGCUCUUUCUUUUUGUCACGUAAUACUUGGUAGUAAAUAAUCGUGAUUGAGAGUAACAGAGAUCCUUGAACCACCUGCAUUUGAACAAAAAAUGAACUUAGGAGGAGAUAAAUAUAGUUAUUAAUAGGGAUAAGCAGGACAUUCUGAUAGCCUUUUGGAGGCAAAGAAGUGGAUUCUAAACAAAUAUUGGCUGGUCACGGAGCAUACAUAAUAGUGCUUAGAUCAACGGCGGUAAGUAAAACUAACGCUAUUCUUUUUUUAAGUUGUAGCCUAAACUUAAUGACCUUUUUAAGGGCGUAAUUUCUUUAUUGCUAGAAGGAAGAAUUUCUCAUCGUUGAAUGUUGUUUUUAGAUAAGCAAGUUGAUGUUGCUUUAUGUCUGGCAUAUACUGGGGUGAUUCAAAGCUUGUCAACAACCACUCACCAUGUGGCCUUGAAAGUUCUGCCCAGGAAAUUAAAAACAGCUUGGUUUUGUCACAGUAAAGACCAUAAACACUUGAAUGAAGGACUUCUGUAUAGUUGAACUCGUAAGAAGAGUAAUCUUUGAUUUUGCGAGAAAAUCAAAACAAGGUCACAAACAUUACGAUUUUGCCUUCGAUAUUUUGGUGACGUGCAUUACUAAUCAGUGUGGCAUCUUUAAUUUUGUCUUAAAAUCUAGAGCGUUUUAGGCGUGCAUUAAGCUCCUCAAUUAUCAUUCUUGUGUAACGGGCUGGAAAGUGUCGGUUUAGUAACUUCAGCGGCCCUUUUAUAGGACAGGUGAAGUGGAAAUAAGCUUGUUUUAGGUGCAGUUUUCAACUGGCAUCUGACGCCCAAAAAAGGCAGAGCCCAGAAAUAGCAAAAUUAUUUUCAUAGCUUUCUGGCAAGGAGAGAUAUUUGAUCUCAAAAUCAGCAAAUAUUUGAAUGGCUAAAAAGGUGGUCCAAUAUUCAAGGCCGUUGAUUGACAAGCUGUCAGUCAAAUUGACUGAAACUUACAUCCUUACAUUUGUCAAAGAUGCAUCAACAUAUAUACAAACCCUCAUAGUCAAAGGUUAAAAACAGUUGUCCUGAGAGCUUCCUACUUUUGCCUGUUAUUAAUGCACUUUUAUUGGUAAAAAAUCUAAUUAAACCAGUUGGGUGGGUACACCUGCCUGGUGCACCCACGGACUCACUCUUAACACAGAAUACCCAAAAAAGUUAUCGCCAGUUUCAAGAAGGUAACAUCCACAUUCUUUGAUUUGUAUUUUCCACAGAAUUUUGUAGUUGACAACACAACAUGCAGCCAGCCAGGUGUAUUUGAUGGUGACAAUGCAUCACUACUGAAUGAAGUUAUAUGUGAACACCUGCUACGGCAAGGGAGAUUAGAUAUUGCGGAACAGUUGAUAAUGGUAACUUAACCUUUACUGCCUUGUGUCCAAGGUGAAAGUACCCAAAAGAACCUGCUGAGUCAUCACAUGUGAUUUCCUUAUUUAUUUCAUUAUAAGCCGAGCGAUUUUUACACAAAUUAAAGCUAAAGUUCAGUGAAAUUUGAGCACCAUAGGGGGUCUUGGCUUGAAAACAAUUUUUUUUUCAGUGCAUUGAAACUCCACUAAACUCUCACUAAAUGGAGAUGUAUUCACUUAUAAGCCAAGUAAACAGCAGCAAAAGAUCAAAUCAUUAACAUAAUUAAUCUGAAUGUUGAGUUAGCUAAGCACAGAAAUUCAGUCCCAAAUUGUCCAAAUAGCUGUCAAAAACAGGUCUCACAUCUAAAACCUCACAUUGAUAAGCCUUUUACAACGAGGGAACGUGUAAAACAGAUGAAAGAUGUCAUGAAAUGUGUAAACAAUCCGCCAUGUUUGGUCAAACAUGUGCUUCCAAACAUUUGCCUGUUUACUAAGCACAGACAAACGCAACACGAACUGAUGUGGUUUGUUUUGAUUGAAAGACAAUUUAUGUGAUCAUUUCAAGCAUAAUGCAAUGAAGACAUGAGGAAAGAUCCAUAGAAGCAAAAAGCCCAAACAACAAUUGUACAUUUUCCUAGAGAAGGUCACAUUUUUUUCGAAAAUGUUUUGUUUUACGGUCGUUCAAAGUCUUGUAAUGAAUAGGUUUCAGCUUACAGCCAGGUGUUUUGGGUUUAUCUUUUGUUGUUGGUUUUGCUGAUUCUACAAGUUGAAAGUUUAGGGUCUCGGCUUAUAGCCAAGAUCAGCUUAUAGCCUAAUAAAUACUGUAAUCAAACAUUGUUCUUUCUUUUUUUGUUUUUAGGAAGCUAAUCUGCAGUUAGAUGAUUCCAGAAAAGAACCUUUUACUGAACUAAAUAGAAUCCUAGAGGCCUGUAGGGACCGCAACUUGGAUCCAGCACUUCAGUAAGACAAAUACCAAUAAUCGAUAUGUGCCACUAUCUUUACUGCAAGUUAAUCAGAGUAACAUAGGUACCACAACUUGGAUCCAGCAAUUCAAUAAAGCCCCGUGCAAACAAACACAACAUUGUUGGCCAACAUCUCCCAACCUUGUUGGAUGCUACAUUUUGCGUCUGUUUGCACACCCUGUUGCAUGUUGUUGCGUGUUGUUAUGAGUUGUUGUGCAAAGUUUGAAACCAGUCAACCUUUUGCGGAAACAAAUCCCAACCUUUCUUUUGUUCUGUGAUCGCUGAAGUGUAGCGUAACAAUGUUGGAUCCAUUUGCACAGCUCUUCCAACAAUGUUGGGGCCAUGCACGCGCAUUACAUGUGGUCUCCUUGGAGAUAGUAAUGCAAUAACUUCGCAUGAUACAGCAACAAGCGUGAUGGGCCAACAUUGUUGGGAGUUGUUUCAUCCAUUUGUGCACCAUUGCCAACAUGAACAAAACAACCCCCAACACUGUUGAUGCAUCCAUUUGCACGUAGGUUAAGAAGAGUACCAAUUAUUCAUAUGUGUCAUUAGCUUAACUGCAAGUUAAUCAAAGUACCGUAUCAUUUUUUGGAACUUGUAUCAUCAUUAGAGGUUUCUGAAAAGAGUAACUGCAGUCUUUCCUGAGUUAUAAUUCUCAAAAAUAAUGUAUUUUCACCUUUUGCAUCAUUUGGUUUUUGAUCUCUUUGUUUUCUUCCUUAGGUGGGCUCAGUCCAGGCACAAGGAACUCAAAGUCAGAGGAAGCUCAUUAGAAUUCAGACUUCAUAAAUUGAAGUUUCUGGAUCUCCUAAGAGAAGGACAUCAUAGAGAAGCACUUCAAUACUCAAAACACUUUGCAAGAUUUGCUUCUGAUCAUACAAAAGGUGGGAUAAACUGUAUGGUUACUUUACAGUUUUAAAAAACAGUAAUUGGCUCAAACGUUUACUCCACAAAAUAGUCACACAAGUACUUUGAAAAAGAAGCUUGUCAUGCAAAUGUACAAAAUCAUUGUUUUAAGGUAAUUCCCUUGAAAAGGAUGUUCUAUACAGAUUUCUUUCAAACUCAGCACAAAUGUCAGCAAUGUAUAGGACAUUCAAAAAUUGCAAUAAAAAGAUGGGGUCACUGUGAUUCUUUUCACCCUGUGUGCCUGUAAUUCUGACUGUUUUUUCCUAGUUGUGUGCAAAAUGCUUGAAAAUUGAACAACCAACAAAAAUUCUUAUCACGUAGCAAAAACUGAGAAUUCUUGAUGGCAGAAACUGCUUAGAGUAUGCUGGUGGUGAUAAUCGUGUCCCAGCUUCUAAAAAGACCCUGUACCAUAUUUAUCUUCAUUUAUCCACUGACUCAAAUUUUUUGGUGCCCUGGAAAUUUGGGGCUGAAGUGGAAUAGGUCAUUUUGCAUUUGUGUGCUCAGUGCCUUACCCUCUGAAUAUUUACAAGGCUGAAGGUUACCUUGUUUUAUUACAAAACGUGCAUGCAAAUGUUACUAUUUUCAUGCUAACGAAGGAAAACAGGAAGGUUUGUAACAAAACAAAGACACCUCCCACCCUGCUUCUAGGGCACAGAGGCCUAUCCUGGCUACUGCCUCUUUUUAUCGAUCCUGGUCUCAGAGGUUUUUAGUGAUUUUUCUCCACUGAUUUUUCUCUGUGUGAAAGGGAACGAUCUGCAAAGGGGUGAAAGUAAUUCACAAAGCAGUGAGGAAGAGAAAAAAGUUUUCUCUCUUCCUUGCCACUUCGAGGCUUGUUCCCUCUCACGCUGAGAAAAAUCAUGAAAAACCUCUGGGACCAGGUUAGAUUAAAGGCUCACAUGGCUUACACGGCUGUGCUCUAGUGGCACCCAGUGGCCCCUGGACCUUUACUUCUACUCUUGGACAACUAUCAUCAUCAUAAUUAUGUUGGGCACCUUGUUUAACAUGGGUCGCGGGCAUUGAGCUACCUUUCGAUAUUUUUUUAGAGCACAGCUGACCAGAAUGUUUUCAAAAUAGUAAGGUGUAAAUUACAUGUUUACUCAGUUGCAAGCUGCUCUCUUUACUCAUUCAACAGAAGUACAACAGUUGAUGGCUUGCCUCCUGUACAGCCGGACAGGUCUGGAAAAUUCACCCUAUGCCUCACUACUCGACCCAGUUCAUUGGCUAGACAUCUGUGAUAUAUUUGCAAAGGAUGCCUGUGCAUUGUUAGGUUUGUCACUGGAGAGUCCACUGCAGGUGUGUGUUACAGCUGGCUGUGUGGCACUGCCAUCACUUCUUCAGCUCAGACAAGUUAUGCAACAGCAACAGGUUGCAGGUGUUUGGACAUCCAAGGAUGAACUCCCGGUAAGCAGCUUGUCAUCAAAUGUUUGGUUGUGUAGUGGCUAGUUUUUUGUAUUUUUGUCGAUUUUGUUAUUUCCAAUUUGCAUGUAUAUGUAACUACAACUGUACAAGCUCUAUACUUCAAACUGGUAAGAAAGUAGUGUUUUAACAUCAGUCACCACCAGAUCUCUCUUUUACAGAAAUGUGUCAGGCAAUCAUUAUCAAGGCUGUUCUCUAGCAUCGCCUGGUGACACCCUGCUGGUUCAUUUGCUCUUGGGAAACUAGGAAAUCUUAGAUUUUGCAUAAAAAUCAUAUCCAGGGAACCCUGUGUUGUAACUCCUGAAGGAUUAUCCAUGGGUAUACAUAAAGUUGACUUGACUACCAUAAAAUAUGAUCAAUUAAAUGCCUCUACUUGAAUAAGCGCUGCUCUCGAAUAACCGCCGUUCCUUUACCAAAAGUAAUUUAAUAUGCGCCGCGGCGCUAAUUUGGGUAUUUACAAAUUAACACCCCACCUUUUUUAGGGUGCUUGAUAUACGACCAACUCAAGAGUUCUAAAGUUUUAAUGUAGGGAAACUCUUGAAAUCGGGUUCAUAUAACAGUUCGAGGUGUACAUAUUUUAUAUUAAAUUGUACAUACCUAGUACGCGCCUCACUUAAUUCUCUCUAUAUUCCCCUCAGUGUUUUUAUCCGUGGUUGAAAUAAGCGCCACACCUAUAACAGGGAAAAUGAAAUAUGCGCCCCGGCACUUAAUCGAUUAAUUAAUUUAGUUGAAUUUGUAUUUUCAGGUUGAAGUUGAUCUUGGUCCUCGGUAUCGCUAUCAUUCACGCUUUGCAUGUCCAAUUCUAAGACAGCAAUGUACAGAUAGUAAUCCUCCAGUGCGACUGUCAUGUGGACAUGUUAUCUCUAGAGAUGCUCUCACUAAACUCACUAAUGGAAACAAGUACGCUUAUAAUACGAACAAUGAACAAUUAUUGGACGAGGUUGAGCAAAAUAUAAUGAUUUGUCAGUCGCGAGCUGAUCAAUUAUUUGCCGAAGGCGAAGGCUGAUGCAAAUAAUUGAUCUGUGAGACACUGACAAAUCACGAUAUAUUGCGAUAACUGAGUUAAAUAAUUGUUUUAUGAUUCGAUUUUAAUGGAUAUCUUCGGGAACCGAAGCGUUCUGCCAUUUUUCACGUAAGAGGAGAAAAGCGUGAUUUCGUUUCGUUUACGCAUGAACAGAAUUUUAUUUGCAGCCAAACUCUUAAACCAAACUCAGUUGGAUGGCGUUGCGCAUGAGCAGACCAUUAUUUGUGGGCAGUUUUUGCAGGUCACGUGGUGGGCUUUCGGCCAAUGAAAAGGAAGAACAAUUUGAAUCGAAUGAUAAUUUGGGUUGUAAAUGGUUGUCUUAAUUGACGUGUCUGGUUUCGAUUGGGCAGUAAUGUAUUAUAUUUUGUGGCUUCAUGAUAUCCUUUGGUUUGUAGUCAUAAUUUAUGCAGGGCUCCUUUUGAUACCAGCCAAUAGCUGAUAGGGCUAACCUGCCUAAAUAAAGUUGACUUGACUUGACUCGGUGUACGUGCAGAGCUGUUGUUUUGCUCCUAAGACAUUUUUUACGUCGACUUCGUGGUUGUUUAAACUGCCUAUUUGAUGCGUAAAGCAAUUUGGGUAAACUUUCAGUUUUUCACUCAGUUCACUUGCAUAUCAACUGGUAUCAUUAGUAACCAUUACGCUUCUUUUCCUUUAUUAGAGUCAAGUGUCCAUAUUGUCCUCUGGAAAUGACUCCAAGUGAUGCCCGUCAGAUAAAUUUCUACUAACGAAAGCCUCACCCAAAUCCCAGGACAUGCUCCCUGCUCCGAGGACGUUGGCAUUCUCCUGCUGGCUACACACGCCUUCUCUGGGUCGUCUAACGAGACAACGGCUCUGUAGGAGCUGGGACAGUGGCUGCUUUAUAGGGCCUAGUUAAUGGAAGGCCCGUAGGGUACUCUUUUGUAUAAGCUAUAUAAGUUUGUUCGGCGCCAAAAAGUGUGGUUUUUGAGCCCUUUGUUCUGGAUGUCGAUAGCGAAGGGUAAGGUUUUGUACUCUCUGGAACUCGGGUCUGGAAUGGGGCACGUUUGUUUAUCAUUCGCUCGCUUGAAAACAAUUGUGCAGGUCUGAAAGUCACAUAAAUUGGUUUGAAUUAAAGUAAGGGUUUCAGAAGUAUGCCAUACACUCCACCGGCAGCCGGCAGGGCUGUCACUAAGGAUCGGGGGCCGGGGAUUUCCCCACGGCUACUAUGAGCACGACCCCCGGCUCCGUAGGAAACAAAAGAAAUUCCUAGCUGUUCAAUUUCCCGGCUACUAAUUGUAUAUACCCGGCAACUUGAAAUCUUAACGACAGCCCUGCCGGACACCUCAGGGGCGGAUCCAGGAUUUUUUUUAGGAGGGGGUGCACUCGUCUCUUGCUCUCCUUUAACACCAAUAAACCACAUAGGUUUUUUUUGGCAGAAUAGAUGUUGUAUUAGAAAACCGCAGGUCAUCACAGGGGGGGGGGGUGCCCACCCCCUGCACCCUCCCCCUAGAUCCGCCCCUGCACCUUACUAUCCAGUACUAUGUCAAAGGUUGCUCCUCCAGAUACAUUCUGAGACGAGAAAAGAUUGUCUAAAAAAUAAGUAAGUAAAGCAUCUUUUCAUCAAGCCUGGUCUGGACUUAAAUCUCAGCUAGGGCGAUUAUCAAAAAUGUACAUAAAUUUGUAGUGUAAACAUGUAUUUAAUACGUCGUGAUUUUCGUAUACUCAUGUACACGACACAGUUCCCGGUGAAAAAAAUUAAAAUUUAGAAACUCGUUUCAGAUACUCGAGUUUUGUUGGUAACUUAUGGGUUGCUUACGAAACUAGUUUCGCCUCCUAUGUAUGUGUUACGUACCUUAUACUAAAUUCCUACGAAACUCUUUGAACUUUGGACCGAAUUUGUAUUAAGAUAUAAGGAUUGUUGUUUAAUCAUUUUAAAAUAAAUACAUAUCUCAC